AUUAGAUCCGUACUAGCAUAUUCCUGCAAAAUACGAAGGUUCUCACCUCUUAGCUCUCCCACUGACUUCCCUGCAAUUCUAACAGUCGUCCAAUGGGCCACACCUGAACACCGAAGAGGUGCAGCAAGAUCUAGCACCUUCAUCGUCGCGCAUCUCGUCUCCGGACAAACCCCCAGUGACCUCAGAAUCUGAGAAAAACACUUCUCACCUUGCAGACAAAGCUACUAUGCCCGCCUCACCCGGCUCCGAGACCCCCAAACCAGCUGCGGGAGACGCAGUGGUUGACCAGAAGAAAAAGGAUACGUUUUCUAAGGAAGACGCGCAGAAUGGGUCUAUUGGGGAGAGGAAGAGGAAACUAGCCGAUGACGAAGCUGUAUCUGAGCAGAAAUCUGCACCUGAUCGCGCCGUCUCCAAACGUAAGCGGCAGGAGGAGCGACAUCAGCGUCUGAAGAGGCGUGGGAAGGAGGCACCGUCGGCGUACUCCCGCCGUGAUCGUUCAGAGAGCCGUGAAGCGACAGCAUCUGAUUCACGUCAAGAACGGCCUUCCGUGAGAUCGCCCUCACCUCUACCCCCUCGACGAUCCCCUACGCCAGAAGCGCGGGCUCGUCAGAGAAAGCGACCCGGAGGUGGGGCACGGAUGGGGAUCGUCGACCGCGAAACGCUGCGACGAAGACAAGAAGAAAGAGAGCGUGCCCAGACGGAAGAUGCGCAACGAGCACUCCAGGAACGUGGGGUAUCAGAUGUGGUUCGUCAACACUAUAACACCGUACCGGAACGAGGCAAGGAAUGGCGCAGGACCGAAAGUAAAAUUAAGGGUCUACGGAGCUUUAACAAUUGGAUCAAGAGCACUCUCAUCCAGAAAUUUUCACCCGACGAGAAAUUUCUUUCACAAUUUAAUGACAACAAAGACUGGGCAGACGGCGUGGCCCCCCUUACAGACGUUCAACGAUUACUGGUCGUGGACCUAGGGUGUGGAAAAGGUGGAGAUCUAGGCAAAUGGCAACAGGCACCGCAGGCAGUGGAUUUGUAUGUUGGUCUUGAUCAGGCGGAGAUUUCGAUCGAUCAAGCUCGAGAUCGGUAUAAUGCAUUGAGAAGCGGACGAGGACGAGGACGGCGCGGCGGACCCCCGAUUUUCCAUGCCGAAUUCUUCCCCAAAGACUGCUUUGGAGAGUGGCUAGGGGACAUUGGUAUUGUGCAGCAAGUCGGUAUCGAUCCAAACGUCGGCCCUGGAGGUUCGGUGAUGAGCUCACGAUGGGGCGGGGGCGGUUUUGACGUUGUUUCGUCCAUGUUCGCGAUUCAUUAUGCCUUUGAAAGCGAGGAGAGAGCACGGCAGAUGCUCCGGAACGUCGCAGGAUGUCUCAAAAAGGGCGGUCGAUUUCUAGGAGUCUGUCCCAACUCGGACGUCAUCAGUGCCCAGGUGACGGAAUUCCACAAGAAGCGCAAAGAACGAGAGGAAGCCAAAGAGCGGAGCACAGAAGCCCCUGAAGAUGGAGAGGUUGAGGAAGACGAAAGCAAGAAUCCUGAGUGGGGGAACAGCAUCUACCGGGUGAGGUUUUCGAAUCCACUCCCGCCGGAAGAUGGGGUCUUUAGACCUCCUUUUGGAUGGAAAUACAGUUAUUUCAUGGAGGAAGCGGUGGAGGAGAUCCCGGAAUAUGUAGUUCCCUGGGAAGCAUUCCGAGCACUGACCGAGGACUACAAUCUUGAACUACAAUAUCGCAAGCCUUUCUUAGAGAUCUGGGAGGAAGAGAAAGAUGAUCCUGACCUUGGGCCACUAAGCGAGCGCAUGGGAGUACGCGAACGGGGUGGUGGGCGGUUGCUAAUGACGGAGGAGGAAAAGGAAGCAGCCAGCUUCUACCACGCAUUCUGUUUCUACAAAGUGUAACUGGUUGAGACAAUUUUAUUCAUGAAGAACUGGGUCAGCAGUUUGAUAUAAGCCACAGACAUAGUGUAGUUCAUCAGAUUGCCAGACCAGAAGUAGCAGUAUCUACGAAAGCAAUCCAUAAAUCGUAUUCCCGAAGCAGGA